AGAAAAUAGAGAAAUAUUUCUCAAAGAAAAAAAGAAUAAAAAAUACAAAGCGUACGAUCAGCCAACUAAAAACCCCACCGGACGGUUGGAAAUCGAUCUCGAACCUUUUCAUUACCCUUCACCCACACUCAAUAUCGCCACCCCUUAUCCCUCGCCCCCUCUCGCAACCUCUCCAAUGGCCAACGUCUUCCGAACUUCACCUUUCUCGGCGCCAAUUGCACCGCCGCCCUCCGCCGCCUCGCCCAAUUCUAGAAAACGUUCGUCCGUUUCGUUUCGGCUAAAUCAAACCAGCGGCAACAGCACGCCUUAUCUCACUGUAAGCUCCCUCCGGUUUUCUCACUUGCCAUCCCUCCGGUUCGUCAAGUUCGCACCUUUGGCUUCACAAGGUGAGACCGAGACGGCUGAGACGGUGGAGAAGGAAGUUCAGGAGGGCGAAGAAGUCGAGGACUCUUUAGAUGGUGCAAUUCCUGUGGAAGAUAGUACAAGUGAUGGUGAAGAAAGUGGUUCGACUGAUGAUGGUGAAGGUGAUACUGAGGAAAAAUCUGUUUCCACCAUCACAGCGUCACUCCAACUAUACAAAGAAGCUUUAGCCAGUAAUGAUGAAUCAAAAGUCGCUGAAAUAGGUUCUUUCCUAAAAUCUUUUGAAGAUGAAAAAAUAGGACUUGAAAUGAAGGUGGCUUCUUUGUCUGAAGAACUGUCAGCAGAAAAGGUUCGGAUUCUGAGAAUAAGUGCAGAUUUUGACAAUUUCCGGAAAAGGACAGAAAGGGAACGCAUUUCUCUCGUAACAAAUGCUCAAGGGGAAGUUGUGGAGAGUUUGUUGCCUGUAGUGGAUAAUUUUGAGAGGGCAAAAAGCCAGAUUAAGGUGGAGGUAGAGGGAGAGGAGAAGAUCAACAAUAGCUACCAGAGCAUUUAUAAACAGUUUGGAGAGAUUUUAAACUCUCUUGGUGUUGUCCCUGUUGAGUUGGUUGGAAAACCCUUUGAUCCAUUGUUGCAUGAAGCAAUCAUGCGUGAGGACUCUUCAGAAUACGAAGAAGGUAUUAUAAUUGAUGAAUUUCGCAAGGGGUUUAAGCUCGGUGACAGGCUUUUGCGGCCGUCAAUGGUAAAGGUAUCGGCUGGUCCAGGGCCUGCCAAGGUAGAGCAGGAAGUACCUCCAUCUGAGGAACAGGAUGCAAGUGAAACCACCGAGAAGGGAACCGAGUCAGCUUAAAGACCAAAUAUUGAGUCUAGUUCAGUUUUGCAAAAGAAAUAGUAACUUCAAUUGUACUUCAAUCAGUAGGGUAGUAAUUGUUGGUGGGUGUGGCUGUUUCUGGUGGCAUAUUACUGCCAAUUUUCUUUUCUACUGAGAGAACUAUACUGCUUUUGAGCGAACCAUCGGACAAAGCGAGUGCACGGUAACUUCUGUGUAGUGAUUUGGAUGUCCUUGAAUGUUUAGUGCCUACCACAUUAUCAAAUCAUCAGUUGGAGUA